CUCACAGGAAGUCAGUGACCCUCAAUGCGCAAACUUCAAAUAGGUUCGCACGGAAAUACAAUGUCGCAUACGGCCUCAGGCGUUUUCAGAACGUAGUUCUGAUUGAAUACUACAAUGAGUUUAUCAAACCUCUGGAUCUCACCUUUGAUUGAACAUUGCCUUUCCAGUUAUGAGGAAAACCAGCGAAAUCUUGGGUUAGACUGGGAAAACGACGGGAGCAACAUUCGCUUUUCCUCGCUUACCCAACAAAUUGCUCGAAUCAAUGAUUUGAGCGAACGAAACGAUAUCCCCGUGGCGAAUUUGACCGACUCGGAUACGCAAAUAGACGCAAUCCUAUCGCGAAAAUCGCUGGAAGAAUAUAAAGAGGACUUUCCCACAAGGCCACUAAGAAAGGAUGGCUGUCGAGGGUAUACUAUUCAUUUGGCCGAUUUCGAACUGGUGUACGAAUAUUCGACCGGAAAGCCCAAGCUUCAUUUUUACGUCAAGCGGUUCAGCAUCAUAUGGGAACGAGGUAUGAUCAAGGGGCCACCAAUCGGCAAAUCUGCUGGGAAGAAACCUGCCCUAGUUACAUUGAUAAAACGAGUGUUCUCUUCCAUCAAGUCGCAAAAUCGACCACGCCAAAGAACUGUUGAUACAACGGGGGAUAGUAACGGGUAUAGCAAUGGAUACAGCGAUAUCCCUGCCACACAAGUGACCAAUGGCCAUACGAUUGAUUCUACGCAGCCUCCCUUAAUGUCUCAACUGCCUACCCGCCAUUCUACGGAUCAUGAUUUGGCGGACCCUGGUAAAUUAUUGAAACAGCUCGGGAAGGCACGAGCUCCCGGGGAUAAACAACCGAGCCAGGAGAGGUCCAUAGUUACAGGGAAAUUGGCUGCAGUAGCAGUUCCGGAAACAAACCGUCGCAGUGCGAGCCAUAUACCAACUGGCACGAGUGAAAACAGCACGUCUGAUGAGCCGCAAAGAACGGAACUUGAAUUUGAAAGCGGAGGUCCCCAGCCCAACUCAGAUAAGCCAUCUCCGCAAGAUUUGGCCGAGGAAGACAUUAUACAAACCAACGCAGAGCCUUACUCACCGGAUGCGCAACUUAAGGCUCAGCUCGAAGCCUCUCAGCAUGUUACCCUUCGACAACCUGGUUUUGCCAAAGCGGCAUCCUCAAGUAUCGUCGAUCCCUGGGAAGGUAUGACAGGUAUCAGGGCCAUCGACGUUACAGUGCCCAAGGAUCAACAAGAGCUCCUAGAGCCGGACAGGAAACCGUGGUACCCGCCUCAAGUGGGAGAACCGGUAGUCUCAGGCCGCGUACCGCCGGCGCUGUUAAAUGAAUGGAAUAAGCUUGUUAUCCAGAGACAUCAGAAAGAGAUUGACAACAAGUCAGAAUCUAUAGGAAACGACCACCUGGUCGCCCCGAGCACACCGACUGCCGACACCAGUUCAGAUACCGACUCAGAUCGUGAGUGGAGCGCAACGCCUGGACGAACACCUCGCCGCGGUGUAUUAUUGCCCGUGGAUAGUAGUCCAUUAAAAGACGACUCGGCUCAUCCUGCAAGGCCUCGGAGGUUUAGCCCAAGUGAUCAAGGUGGCCCCACGGAGGUUAGAGAGGAGGAAUCGCAACAUGAGGAGGGAAUGCAGGCACCUCCAAUUAACCAAAGCCCACGCGCUGAGAGCCCUCCUAUACAAGCAGAGGCUGAAAAUAACGGACCAAGUGCUGAAGCAAGCGUCGCAGAAAUGACUCCUGACAACGACGAUGAGCACAAAUCUGAUAGCAGCUCCGAUUCAGAGAUGAGCGUAUCAGUUCCUCAACCGCUAUCUGGCAGCACUCAACAAGGCACAUCUGGCCAGGUGGAGCCUGGAGUUUCAAGCUCAGGGCCAUCGCUUCCCGAAUCUGCAGGACGGAAUAUUCAGGUUAUGGAGACCCCUGCAACAGCUUUCAACAGGUCUCGCUCUGCCACAUACAAUCAAGACGGCUUCGGAAUCGGGCCGGGCAACAUGGAGUUCCAAUCGCAAGCCGAUAAAUCGUCGUCUCAAUCCCGCGUUCUCAAUACAUACGCUAGUUGUGAUGAAAGCACCAAAGCCGAUACCUCACAAGAGAGCUCGAAAUCUCUUCCACCGAGCGGCCCAGAUACUCGGAACCCUGUACUCGUUAUUGGCACCCGAUCCAGCAGCGAGGCCCCUGCAACACAACAAACGCGCUGGUCAGGGUCCAGCUCACUCUGGACAUCUUCAGGACGCAAAGUCGUGGAGGGGAGUAUGGCAACUGCUUCCUUACAACACUCUCAGUCGUCGAGACCGUUUUCAUCUUAUCGCGACUUGCCCCCGUCGUCCAUGUUAUCAAUAGAAGACGACAAUAGAAGCUCGAGCGUGCAUAGUUCUGUAAAGGGUAGCCCUCUGAAGAUCGAUCGUGCAACACCGAUGAAACGCUUCGCAUCUGAAAUGGGGGACAGCGAUCGCGGUUCGCCCUCAAAACGAAACAAAUUUGAUAGCAAACCAACGGCGCUCGAAUUAGAAGGUGGACUGGAUGAGAGGAUCAUUUUCCGACGGCAGAGCUAUAUCAUCAAUUCCGCACAGUCCGUUGAAGCCGCAAGAGUAUACGAGAAGUUUCGGAAUGACUAUCCCAGCUAUCAAGGGAAGUUCGAGCACUUCACGAAGUUAUGCUCCAGGCUGCAAGCCGUUCGGGAACGCGGCAGUCUACAAAGAUCGUUUCUAUGGGACGACUUCAUUAUCAAGCAUCUUCAUGACUACCCUGCAUACGUCGCGGAUUGUCUUGGAAAUGAGGUCAAAUCCCUAAACUAUGAAGAGUACUUCUUAUCUUCUUUCUCAAAGCCCACCUACAAGAAGCGUAGUCUCACUGUGGAAGGAACCAGCGCGUGUGCCGCACAGUGCAUUACAAUUGAUGAAAGGCGAUCUUCCUCACGUCCAGCUACCAAUACUAGCACGAAACCGUCAUUCACGGAAAGUCUCAGAGAUCAGUUCUCCAACUUCCAUGCUCACUCAUUUGUGGAAACGCGGGACCUAUCGACCGACGAUGAACAGUCUGACGAUAGCCAAAACGAGAGAGACACCGAAUGGAGUUUAUCCCAGUAUAGCAUCCCCGACAGCGAGCCUGCUCGCGCCGCUGCCGCCGCACAGAAAGACAGCAAUGAAGAUACGAACCUUGAACAUAUAAGCCACAAGCCAACCAUCGCACCCGUCACGUAUGAACACGUGGACAGCUCCGAGGAUGAAGACGAGGAUGAAGACGAAGACAUGGAGGACGUCAACGACACAGCCCACGAAACAGCCAGCAUCGAACUAGGCGACAACAAUAACUCCCAAAGCCAAGCUGAAGCCAAGGCUCUGGAAGCCCCUCAGAACACAGCACCCGAAAUUCCAGCCUCUGACGCGGCCUCAAACGCUGACGCAGACAUCGAAUCCAGCCACGAGUUCCCUGAAGAGUCCAUCAACGAAAACUGGUUCGACUCUCUGCGCCAUAUUUUCCCGACCGGACCUGUCUGGUCUGAUGACCCCAACACCCCGUUUAAGAAAUGGGCACUCGCAGACCAGAAUGUUCUGAGUGUGCGGAAUCGUCGCGGGGGCGCGAGCGCCGAUACCGAUGAGAAGGGCGUUAUACGGCGAUUUCCGCGUGCAUGAGAUUAACCUUCUUGCUUAUGAGAUGACGGCGAUGGUGAU